AGCAACACUCCAAUCUUCCCACUGUCCAUCUCGGCAGGACUUCGGCUCGAUAAUGAUUGUGAAAAACAGAAUCCCGGGUCACUUUACUACCAACAGGCUUCGUCACUUAGGAAUCACGAAGACAAUGAAAUCUUUCAAGUGACUGUACGUCAUGCAACCAAAGGCCAUGUGACGUUGCCUUUUAGCGGCUACCAGAUUCGUGAUGGAUUCAAUGAAAUUCUCAACAAGAAUCGUCAUCACCAAUCUGGUGAAUACGGAAGCGAACUUAGUAGAUUGGAAGACAUCUUAUGGCCACCCGAUCGCCCGCUUCCAUAUCCAGCUUGGGGCGCGAUCAAGACUCGUCUUCGUAUAGUUAGUUUACAACAGUAUGCUAAUUUAAUUGUAGCGUUGACAGAACUGGUGCAAAAUCAGCUGAAAACUCAUUGUUACAACACCGUUGGAAACUUCUUAACAUUCUAUGAGAGUUACAAAGAACGAAAGGACUUGACCAAGUCACUUGAAGACUUCUAUCAUGAAUACAUUCCUCCCAUCACUUCGAAGCACCAUACUUGCGUCGGUUUGGGCUUAGACUUGGCGGAGAAGAUAAUGGAAUUAGAAAAGACUUACCCUGGUAUCGGAUCGGCUCUCUUUCUAGCUUCAUGCGAAGAGGAUAUUGGAAACGUAAAUCGAUACGUUUCGACUCCAACUCCAGAUACCCGCACGUCUGAAAAAGAACAUGUCGUCAUUGCUUUGAACAUCGAACUGGAAGAUCGUGUAGGCGUUUUAAUACUAGAUACUGGUUACCACGUCCCUCAACCUGUGACAGUCAUGGAAGAUGGUCUCUACCCUCACACUGGCUGGUUCAAGCCUGGUGGCACUAGUAGAUCACGACGCCUCUAUAAUUAUACAUUCCAUCCAAGUGGUCGCUACGUACUCUGGGAUGUCAAGGAAACCCGCAAAGGAAUUGAGGAAUGUGAAUCUGCUCUCAUUUACACGCAUCAGGCGUUUCUAUCUCCAGUUGACUGCACAGAGCGACGCAACCUGGUUUACAACUUCAAGUCAUUAUUGAAGCGAGACGCAUCAGGGAAAGUUCUUGCUGGGUUAUACUUUGGGUUGAAGCCUUUUGACCGAGGCUUUUUCUCACUGUUCUACCAAGACGAAAAUCAAAAACAAAUUGAUUUUAAAAUAAGUUUUUCCGAUGUUUACAAUGCACGCGAUCUAUCGGAAACGACAUUAGAGAAUUUACUUCAUUGUCAAACCCAGUUGGAACUUAGCGAUCGUGAUGGUUUGAUUGAACUCCUGAAGAAAAUAUCAUUAGCUUUGAACAAUGCAGAGUUCAUGCAACAGCUGCUGACUAUUAAUCAGCGCAUCGUUAUUUUGGCGGAAAAUAACUAAAUUCUUUCUAUUGUUUGAAUUCUUCCACGGCGAUUCCGUCUAUUCAUUUUCUAACUUUUUAGUUUCUAUCACAAAAAUCUUUAAUUAGUACACUAAUGUUUAGCUGAUAUACGUUUGGGUUAAUUCUGAAUACUACUUUGUUUCUACAAAAAAAAACGUAGUUUCGUACGAAAAGGCAAAAUACAACCAUUAGAAAAUCAUAAGCAAUACCAUCUGAUUUCAUUUAUAUAAUUAAUGAAGUGCAUAUACGUGGCAAUACCAUUUGUAUCUUCCUUUGACUUUUUGUUGCCAUCUAUGUCUUAUGUAGAGAACGCGGGGAAGGGGAUUGUGGCAUUGUGACGUCAUAGACCUACUUUGCUACUGAGCAAGACCAUUCAGCCACCCUUGAGCGCUCCCGCGUAUAUAAAGACGGGACGCGCGUCGAAGACGGUCAAAGGCAGGCACCACAUCUAACAGUUCUAACAGGUCCCACAACUCGACACUCGCAAUCAAGUUUGAACAUAUCGUCUCUACCAACACAUACAUUUAAAUUAGCAACAUGCUCCGCCGUUUGCUUCCCAUUAUUCUUCUACUACAUUAUUUCCAGGGACUAGGAUAUUGUAGCGGAUCAUCGGCGCUGCAGGAUGUUGACCCAACCAACCCAUCAGAUGCUGCGUCCGAAGCAAAUCACCCAUCUUCUACUGACGGCCCAGAGAAACUAAACAACAACGAUAGAGCUCAGCAGAAGGGUGAUGAGAAACCGGCUUCAAUGGAUAAUAGGAGACAAAGAAGACAUAUCGGCUCGAUUGCAGCUUUUCGUGGCUUACCAGGACCAUUCAACAAAUUCAACCCAGCCGAGUGGCCAUUGUCAUCAGCAGGAUGGGAUUGGAAAAAAGUUAUGACGCCUGGCGCUGACUUUGUCGACUAUGGGGAGGGCUUGGAUGAAGAUGUCAUCAAAGACAAACGAUACCCAGAUGUCAUCCAAGCGGCAAUUCAAAGAAAUGGUGGUGUACGACCCAACCCGGUCUUGAUGCGGAACAACCCUAUUAUUUCAGGCAAGAGCAGCAACAAAAAUUUCGAGAUACUCCCCCCACCGCACAACGAAGCCAGGGCUAGAGCUGUCAGCCGACUGCUACGACUCCUUUCUGAGGCUAGAGCCAAUUCUGCUGCCGGUGCAAACUCUAUCAGCAAGAAAUUUCUGGGAGCACUAGCCCGCAAUAACGCUCUUCCAGCAUCUGGUCCGAAAGCAAUCCUCCCUUUUGUACAGUACAAAGGGUCAACCGCAAUUCCUCUACCAGGGAAAAGAACUUUAAUCAAUUCGGGAGCACCGCGCAUUCUAGACAACCGUUCUGAGGCAACAGAUACUGAUGCGCAUCUUGAAUUUUCCAAUCAAGUGGAAGAAUUUCCUUUGGAAGACGUAUAUUCCGAUGACGUCAUGCUCGGUAUGGGAGAAGACGAAGACCAAACAGAUGAUUACAGUGAACUGGUAACAUCCAACAAACGCAACAUCGCGUCAUUGGCAGCUAAAGGCGGUUGGGCGCGUCCUUCAAGAACCUACAAUCGCAUGCCACAUUAUCCUUUUUGAAUUAUUUAAUCAAGACAGUCCUUUGCAACACAUACUUGCUGUUUCCGUUCGGCUUCCAAUUUGCGAUCUUUUCAGAUUUGCUAUACGUGUUAAUCUAAUUUAGCUAUUGAUGUCAGUGGCGGUCGUGUUCAACAACGGUAAAUAUCAACACAUGUGGCGGGUUUCCACCGGUGGAAUCCACAAUCAUUAUUCACGCUAUAAACUUUGAAUAUUAAUUGAUGUACGUCUUAAUGUUAAUACAACUUAUCAAUUAUC